GCGCUGCGCAACGGAGGCGCCACAUUGACGUCCACGAACGUCACAAUACUCCCACAAUCCACCGCGGUCAUCCACAAUCGUAUCUUGGACUGAAAGUGUCAAACCCAAGCUCCGUCAGAUGGCGCUCCGCCGUUUAUCCACGCUGUCCUCCGCGCUGCGCUGCGCCGUCAGCCCGACGCUCCGCCGCAACAUGGGGCUCUCUGCGGUCCUCCUCACCCGGGAACAGGCGCUCGACCCCAUCCAGAAACUGUUCCUGGACAAGAUCCGUGACUACAAGACCAAGAGCAAGUCUUCGGGAGGUAUUGUGGAAGCAGGAGCAGCCUACCACAAGAACGUGUCUGAAGAGGUGAUCAAACUGCAGAGGCUCUAUGGCGGAGGAGACCUCGCCAAGUUCCCUGACAUCAAAUUCACAGAGCCCAUGCUUGUGGAAGCGGCGGCCAAGUGAAUGCUGUCCAUGUUGUCCAUCUCCUACAUGUCACAAAUGUUGUAUUUAAUAAAACGAUGAUGAAUUGAAAAUGA